AUGUUCAUCGCCAACGGCGGCGUUCUUUUCCUCGUCGAUGCCGGCGGAAACGCUGGCGGCGAUGACUUUGGCGUCAGUGGUGGCACCUGCAGCACCAGAAGCUUCCACAUCAUCAGUCGAAGCAGCGCCCUUAGCCGAAGCAGCGCCCUUAGCCGAAGCAGCGCUCUCUUGGUCGGCCUCUUCGCUGAAGAGCCGCUCCCGACGGACACCGCAUCAUCGUUCCGCGCCGGCACCGCUCUAGAGGCCGUGGUGGCGCGGAACGAUGAUACGGUGGCAGCGACCCACUGGACAAGGCACGGCCGCGCGCGAAUAGUGAGAAGAUAG